AUGACCCAAGAUCAAAAGCACGAGGCUCUCCAGCCCAUCCACCCUUCCAUGAAGGGCAAGCUGGACCCCGCCUUCGAGAAGCUGUACAACGACAACGUUGCCAACACUCCCCUCAAGCCAAUCGACCUCUCCAUCUUGAGAUCAAAAUACUCGGUGCUCUACUCAUACGGCACCGGACCGGCACCAGAGGUCGCACGCCAGUAUGAUACACAAAUCACAACGCAUGAGGGCGUCACCCUAGAUAUCCGAGUCUACGAGCCAGAUACCACCGCCGGCCCCUGGCCCGUACACAUCGACUUCCACGGCGGCGGUUGGGGCCUAGGCGACCUCGACACGGAGAGCCACAUCUGCAAACACAUCUGCAAGGAAGCAGGCGUCGCCGUCAUUGACGUGGCGUAUCGGCUCGUGCCCGAGAACGCGUACCCGUGCGGCGUGACGGACAGCUUCGCCGCGCUCAAGUAUGUAUACGAGAAGGGCGCGAGGGAGUUCAAGAUCGACCCGCGGCGCAUCUCCAUAGGCGGCGUGUCCGCCGGCGGCUUCAUCAGCCUGGCCCUGGGCCACCUGGCGCGGGACGCCGGGAUCCCGCUCCGGCUGAUCGCGGUCGGCACCCCGGUCGUGGACGACCUGAGCCAGUACGCCUCCGCGGCGGACUCGCCCUUCCCGUCCAUGCGGGAGAACGAGCACGCGCCGACGCUCAACUGGGCGCGGCUGGCCUGGUUCGACAAGCUGAAGUGGAGCUCCCUGGGCUCGACGCCCGAGGAGGUCGCCAAGAGGCGGGCGCGGGUGCCGCCGCUCUUCUUCAACCUCUUCCGGGCCGACAGCUUCUCUGACCUGCCCAAGACGCUCAUCUACACGGCCGGCGCGGACCCGCUGCGAGACGAGGGCGAGGCCUACGGCAUGAAGCUGAUAGCCCAUGGCAACGAGGUGACGAUGAAGCGGUUCCCUGGCGUGCCUCACCCCUUUAUGCACAUGGAUAAGGAUCUCUGGCAGGCGAAGGAUUUCAUCUUGCAGACGGCUGCUGCUAUUCGAGCGGCAUUGCAUGGAUAG